AUGUCCCCCUUUGAAGAGGGCAUAUAUUGCUUUGCUGCUGUCCGUCAGUCGGCAGGACUGGAAGGGAAAUUGCCAGAAAGUCUUGUAUCUCAAGAACAAGAACCACCCAUUCGCAUAACGUCAGGUAGGUUAUUGCCAUCAUCCAGUGAGCCAACAUACAGCAAGUCUGGGAGAAACAAGAAUAACAAUCGCAUUGCUGAGACUUCUACUAUUAGUUCAGCAGAAUCCAGGAAGAACAAGAGGAAUCGUAAGGAGAAGGAGAGAGUGUCUGAUGUGGAGAAUGUCCCAGUAUCAGUCGCCACAUCCAUGUCUCUGAAUGCCACCACCACCAGUAACCACCUGGCAGGGCAGAAUGACAAUGUGGGCCGCAGGAAGAAGGGAGAUAACUCGGCAUCCUCGGCAUUUGGAUCAGGUAUAGGGGAUCUUGAUGACUUUGGAACACUACCAGAGAAUUUAAAGAUCAGUGAUAGAGAGGUUGAAAAACUAAGGAAAACUGUGGAGAAAACUAAACCUGAUAAAAGUGACCAUGUGUUGCAUGUCAAUAAACAGAAUGGUGAGAAUGUAUCACCUUCUGUUCAUGGCCUUUAUGUAACGACUACUCCUGUGAUAGCUAGCCCGAAGAAAGGCCAAAAGAAAGAGGAUGGGUGGAAGGAGGUGGUCAGACGACCUGUAUCCUGCAAGUCCAAGAAAGUGCAAGUACCCUCGUCAGCUAUAAGUCGUGUGAUUGGCCGUGGUGGUUGUAACAUCAAUUUGAUACGGGAGGUAUCAGGGGCUCAUAUUGAAGUGGAGAAGCAGCGAGGAUCAGGAGAGAGGGUCAUUACCAUCAAGGGUACAGUGGAUGGAACCAAACAGGCUCAUACACUGAUCUCCGCUUUGAUAGCAGAUCCUGAUAAAGAUUUGCAGGAGUUGAUACCCAAAAAUAAGAACAAAACCAGCACAAAAGACCAGUCCAUGUUCUUCAAUCCUGAGACAGUGAUGCCCCCUGCCUCCACACAUGGCCAGACCUCCACCUCUACCACAAAGACUACAUCCAGCACCAGGAACUUGGGUCCCAGAAGUCAGAAUCAGUCCAGCAGUGCUCGACCUUGGACAACUGUCAGUAGUUCUGUUCCCAGCUCAUCAAUGGUGUGGGGAGGUCCCCCAUCACAACCCCCCAUAACAUCCCCAAGGAGGAGUCAGCCAAAACAGGCCACAGUCAUCCAACCAGGCCAGGGCAACCCAGACAAGAAUGUCACUCGUAAACUGUUCCCCAAUGAAACCAAGAAUCGGGGAGGGUUUGGGGUUCCACCAAGUACCAGCAGUAAUACACCGGUUUCCUAUACCCUGGCUUCUUCUACCUCCAAAGUUACAACCUCGGGGUCUCCAGUAUUUACCAUCAAGCCAGAUAAUAGUAAACAACCAUUGCCAAGCAAACCAGGGCAGAUAAGACCACCUGCUAGAAACUCAUCCCCUCAUGAAAUGGAAAUGAGAUUCAAAGGGAUACAAUUGCCACCACAGAUGAUGAAUGAAUUAGAUAUCACCAUCUAUGUCUCCCAGCUCCAGUACAUCCACACCCAACUCUAA